AUGCUUCUGCAAAUUCUUUUGCUGGCGCGAGUGGCCACCCCUCGAGCAGUCAACAUAUCCGUGGAUGUCUCCAAGACCCUUGGCCUGUGGACGUCAAUUAACCGAUUCUUCGGCUGUGACGAGCCCAACUUUGCGUAUUACCCCCACGGCUCAGCUCUGAUCAAGGAGCUUGGGGCCCUGGGCCAGCGCCAGACCUAUUUCCGAACCCACAACCUGUUGACGACUGGCGACAGUUCUAAGGAUCUGGUCGGCGUGCCUGGGCUGAAAUGGGGAAGCACGAACGCCUACACCGAAAACAUUGACGGCAGUCCCAUCUACAACUUUACCAUCAUCGACAGGAUAUUUGAUGCAUAUCUUGCUGGUAACGUCAGGCCAUAUGUGCAGAUAGGGUUCAUGCCACAAGCACUUGCAUCUAAUCCCGAGCCAUACUUCUUCGAAUUUGAUCCAGCCGCUGGGCCAGACAGCAUUUACACUGGGUGGAGUCACACGCCGACGGAUUACGGAAAAUGGGAGGAACUUGUUUACCAGUGGGCACAGCACUCAGUAGAGCGAUAUGGCCUCGAAGAGUUCUACGAGCUCCACGACCGCGCGAUCGCCGCCGUCCUCCGCGCCGUGCCAACCGCCCGGGUCGGGGGCUGCGAGGUCGCGGGCGGAGCCGCAGGUUCCUACCUGGGCGACUUCCUCGCGCACUGCGCCAGCGGCACGAACUAUGCCACCGGCGAGACAGGCACGCCGCUCGACUUUAUCUCUUUCCACGCAAAAGGCGCUCCGCUGUGGAUCAACUCGACCGCCAGCCCUGGUGGCGGGUAUGUGCAGCUGAACAUAUCGACGCAGCUUAGACAGAUCGAUGAGGCGUUCGGGGCGGUCGCGUCGUUCCCUCAGUACAAGUCCACGCCCAUCGUGAUGGGCGAGUACGACCCCGAUGGGUGUGCUGCGUGCACGUCGCCGGCGUAUGGGUACCGCAAUGGGCUUCUUUACCCUGCUUAUUCAGCUGCUUCCUUCAUGCGUGCUAUAAGCCUCGCAAUGCAAAGGGGUGUCAACCUGACAGGUGCGUUGACAUGGGCUUUCGAGUAUGAACAAACGGCACUGCUGCCGAACGAGACGGAGUUCUUCGACGGCUUUAGGGUCUUGAGUACGCAGGGCAUCGACAAACCAGUCCUGAAUGUCCAUCGGAUGUUGGGGAUGAUGGACGGCGAUAUGGUCGAGACGAACAGCUCAGGGCAGGUGCCGCUGGACGUGGUGCUUGAUGAGGGCAUCAGGGGUAGCGACACAGACGUGGGAGUUGUCGCGAGCUUCAACGGCAGCUCAGAGACCCUAUACGUUUUUGUCUGGAACUACCACGAUCGAGACCUCGGAUUUCCGGACGCAGAUAUCGGCGUCGAGGUCCACGGUCUACCAUCUACGUUCUUGAACAAUACCGACGGCGUGAAUUACACUCACUACCGAAUCGACAACGACCACAGUAACUCGUACUCGCGAUGGCAAGCCAUGGGCUCGCCACAGGCGCCGUCGGACGAGCAAUACCAAGAGCUGGUCCAAGCAGGAAGGCUAGAGGCUAUUUCUCAGGCGACGAGGCCGGAGAUGCCGAUUGAUGGGAAAUUGUCGUUGACCAUCUCCUUGCCAGUCAGAGCUACUUCACUCCUGGUGCUCAAGGCUGCAUAA